CUGAGUAGAGUUGCAAGGGAUGUAGAUGUGAUUAAUUAUAAUGUGUUGCUGGUGUGACUACCGCUUGGGCACAAGGCAGCCUGCCCUCAUGCUCGCAGCAUUGGCUGGUGGGCUUGCACGAUUAUGUGGCUUUUACGUAAACCCACCCAGGAUCCGUGUCCCCGAUGUUUUGGGCUGGGGCGGGUUUGGGCAAUACCUCUGUCGCUGGCAGCCUGUCAACGACCCCGACCCAAGGACGCUACAAAAUCCCACUACCAUUCACCGUCCUGGGACAUCAGUAUUUACGUGCGCUCAGCUCUGAGACGACACCGAACUAUCGCCUUUCGCUCGGCGUUCUCGUCCCUUGGAUCACCUAGCAAUCUGAGUCACCCAAGGAAGAAAGAAAGUGGGAGAGAGGAAAAGCCGAAUUCUCGCCAGUUCCCGCCCUAGCCUGCAAGUUCACCGCCGUGCGCGAACAUCGCAAGAAAGAGUAUCCGCAUUUCCCAUCGCAGAGAAUUGCCAAAAGGCACGAGAGGAUAAAAAAAGAGGGCGGCUCCUCCCUUGAGACCCCCAUAUCAGGCCAUCUUCUCCCGGUCUUUUCAGCUAUUUUUUGCCCUUCGACCCUUUCGAUUCGUUCGCCCCGUCGCCGUCCCCGAACAUGGCCCCAGCGUCUCAGGAGACCGAGUCCGCCUCCCCGACAACGACCAGGCCCGACGGCGAGUCGUCGGUGGAUAACAUUGCCCAGGCCUAUAGAGACCUCGUGAGAGGCGAGCAAGCGGCCGCCGCGCUAGAGGCCAACUUGACAACCCUUGAGAGUAGGCUGGACGCGUUGCUUGCUGCCUUCGAGGCGAGCAAAAAGCCCGAACACGACGGCGCCGCGGCGCCAUCGACCGAGGAAUUGAAGAAACAGGACGGGACAACCCACAGCGCACAACCCAGCGAGAAUGGUAGUUUCGGUUCUAACGAAACGGCAAAGAAGUCGUGAGACGGGAUGGACGGUUUCUACGCUGGCGCCCUGAGUGGAACGACUUGGACUGGGAUGGGUUCGUCGCACACGGCCAGAAUCCCGCGUGACCUGUACCUAUCAUUUCAUGCUCUGUCGCGACCUUUGCUUUUGCGAUCUUUCAGGAGGAUCAACCGCUAAGGGUUGCGGCCAUUCGAAGUGGCGACAGCUCCCGAUUGCCCAUGCAGCAAUAAUUAAAUGUUAGAUGUCCGCUGGCCAAGGCUGAUCCCCCUCUAGUGGUUCUUUUUGUUCCGGCCGACCUAUCAAACGCAUUCUUAUCGACCACAUCCCAUAACUCCCUGUGAUUCC